UUGACAACACCUUAUUCCGUCAAUCAAUUUUACAAGUUGUUUUCCAUGAAUUUAUUUGUUUAUAAAAUUAAAUUUGAUUUAGAAAAUGCGGUGAAUGUAUUAAAAUAAAAACUUAUAUUUGAUGCCUCAAGACAUAAGUAGUAAAAUGGCGGGUAAAGUCACAAAACUAUCGUGACAUAAUUAUGCAUGAAAAUGUUUGCUCCGUAUCAAUGCAAUAAGUGCUAUUUUAAUUUCGGUAAAUUAAGUAACCAUUCUGCCUAUAAUAUGUGGUACGCUGCCUUAAUACGAUUUAUAAGGAGAAGAUUAGUAUUAGGUAUAAUAUUUGCGUCCUCUUUAACUUACUGCGUCGUCAGUUUCCUAAAAGAGGGUAACAAUAGAAACAUGGUAUACCAAGAUGUAUCAAUAGAAAGUAAACCGUUUGUGUGGAGAACACUACAGGAACACAAUGACACAAAUGAUAUUAUGACAUGUAGAAACUCGGUGCAAGGACAAGAUCUUCUUGUUGACGAUAGAGGAUAUGUGUGUCAAAGAAAAGAUGUUAUGAAAAAUGGUUGCUGUGAUUUGGAAGGAGACUUUACUGAAAGAUACAGUUGUGAGUCAUGUUCAGACAGCAACUGUUGUAUUAUAUAUGAGCACUGUGUGUCAUGUUGCUUAGACCCCGGCAAGAGAGACAUGCUGGAAAUUGUCUUGUCAAAGCUGUCAACGGAAAAGAAUGUGUUGUUCCGUUCACUGAGUGACGACUACGAAUUGUGCUUAACGAAAUGCAGAACAAGCUCUCACAGCGUUCUACAUGAGAACUCUUACAAGGACCCAGACAAUAAGCAUUGUUUCGGUGAUGAAUCGCCAGGGAAGAGGCCAGAUUAAAAUCAUUACAUUUAUUUAGAUGUGUUAUUAACAUAUGGACAUAUCAAAUUCAGCCAUUAUUUAAAGUUAGCACAGAGGUAGGGCAAAGAGACUUAAUUUAUUAUCAAUGGUCCAAUACUAAUAAUUUAUCUAGAACAAGUCAUUAUGACUACUUAAUUUCUUUUGAUGUAUUACUGGUAUUAACUCUACAAGACCACAUAAUGCUUUGAGCCACUGAGUUUAUUCAUCUGUGCCGACCCUCGGACAGUAAACAAUGCUGUAUGUGACUUGCAUACUACUACAAUCAUGUAGCAUGGUUUCUGGCCAAAAACUUAAAUACGUUUUUUUGUCAAUGAUCUUUGUCGCAACUAGUUUUCAAAUUUGGCAAUGUAUAUAUUUUGUGUUUUAAGAAUUUGUUUAUAAUAGUUGAUAACUCACUGUGUUAAGACUAUUAUUUUGUUUACAGAUAAUUCACAAUGUUUAUGGAAUUAUGAGUCAUAAUUUACAUAAGCCUUAUAACUUGUUUUAUUCAUGCUCGGCCUGCGGAAUGCAAUGAUGUACUAUCUAAUUUUGCAGACAAUUAGGUAUUCUGCAUCUAUUUAUUGGCAAUAAUUUGUGAAAUUACUUUAAGUUUCAGUAAUGAAUUAAUGCAACAAUUUUAUUAAUAUUCAUACAUGAAGACAAUACUAAUUCUGCAUGGGCCAAAGAAAUCAUUACUUAGUAAGUACUUUUAAUUUUAAUAUUAUUAGAUUUAAUAGAAUUCCGUUUAAUUUUUUAUACUGAUUACAUUGAUUACAUACACUUCAGACAACGAAAUUAAAGAUAAAUAUUUAACUAUUGAUUCGAAAUAUACAGUCUUACUUAUAAAAAAUUCACAAAGCUAUGCUUAGUUAAAACACAAAUUUACUCCAUUAGCUGUAAGUCAAAACCCGCCAUCUUGCCUCUUAAAAGAUUUAAAUUAGGAAACCGGUGAUGUCUUUGACAGCUAUUUAAACAAUUCUAAACCACCUCUUAACGCUAAAACAAGUUUAUAAGUAAGACUGUAUAAAUCUAGAAAUUAACUGGCCACAACUUAUUUUAAACGCGUCUGAAUGCAAAAAUAUCAAAAAGAUACGACAUUCUUCCUUGUUUUAUACUGUGGAUAUAAUGUUAAUCCCGCCAUCAGCAGACAACCAGGUUUGUCCAUAAACAAUGUUAGAGAAUAUAUAAAAUUGUUAAUUAUUCCAUAGAGAAUUUGUGUAAUUUUCGUUUUCCUCACACCCAUGCAACAAACGCUCGUUACUUUUAAAAAUAACCGACGUAUCUUCAUGAGUUCACAUAUUCAAUUUGGCAUUUGUCGUUGAUGCAGGUGGCAUAUUCCGUUAGCGAGGUUUAUAUUAGCAAGAAAAUUUGCAGAAGUCGACUUGCGUAAGCAAUUUUUACAGUGAAACAAUCACUAGCUGGUUUCUGUUAAGUUUAAACCUUGCGAUACUUGCGGCAUAUUGCACAUGUAUAGAACAAUUGAAAUAUUGCUGCUAAUGUAAAUUCGUCUGGACGUGUUGUGCAAUAUAUUGCAGCAAGAAGUUGCUAGUCUAAACUUAGCAAUAGACGUAGAGACGAUAGUAAUAGCGAGCGCCUUCUAUACAGGUGUGAAGUGAAUACAGACAGAAAACUAAGUAAUAAAUCGUGCGAGCAUCAGGGGUAUUUUCUAAGAUUCUGAUUAGUCCACGUAAUAUAUAAUAAAUAAAUGUUUCCUGCAAGCCGGAAAGAUUUAUUUACAUUCAUGUAAUAAAUAAAAUACGAUUUGUAAUAAUUGCUUGUUAUAAUGAAAGAGACAGUUACGAAAGAAGAAGUAAUUUUGACAGACCAUAGUGCAGCAUGAAGUUUGAUUUCACAAGAAUUAUGUCUACAUUCCAAUAUACAUGAGCUAUUAAGCUGCUAAAGUAUUGGGAAGUAACUAUGAAAUUAGUAAUACAGAGGAGAUAUUAAGUGGGAGGAAAA